GGGUGGGGACAGUAGAGAGACAGUCCCAGCCUUCCCCGCCCUCCACCCCCACCACAACUCAGCAGCCGUCACGUGGUACCCGGAGUGGAAGGGGUGGGGGCAGAAGAGGCGAGACUUUUUUGGGUGCUCCGGAUCGCCAGUAGUUCUUCAAGCCUCAGCAGCCAACUCCUCCGGAGGCGCUGCGCUCCGCCCCAGAGAGCGCGAACCCGAGGAGCCUGGGGCCAGCCUCUGGGAGUCCCGGGCGCGGGCGAUGCGGGCGCCGCGGGCGACACCUGCGGCUCCUCUCGGUGGCAGCCGUCGCCUGGGCGGCAGCAUAGCAGCAACUUUUUGCGGAUUGUUCUGGCUUCCAGGGCUAGCGCUGCAAAUCCAGUGCUACCAGUGUGAAGAAUUCCAGCUCAACAACGACUGUUCCUCCCCUGAGUUCAUCGUAAAUUGCACCGUGAACGUUCAAGACAUGUGUCAGAAAGAAGUGUUGGAGCAAAGUGCGGGGAUCAUGUACCGGAAGUCGUGUGCAUCCUCGGCAGCCUGUCUCAUCGCCUCGGCUGGGUACCAGUCCUUCUGUUCCCCUGGGAAACUGAACUCCGUGUGUAUCAGCUGCUGCAACACUCCCCUUUGCAAUGGGCCAAGGCCCAAGAAAAGGGGCAGCUCUGCGUCGGCCAUCAGGCCAGGUCUUCUCACCACCGCCCUGCUCUUCAACUUAGCCCUCUGCUUGGCACACUGCUGAAGCUAACGGAGAUGCCGACCCCUGCUGCACCAUCUGUCUGGCCCUCACUCUCUCACCUCCUUGAGCCUCUUCUGGGUGUCCUUUUAUUCUGGGUAGACAAGGGGGUCUUUUUGUUUCCUUUCAAGUAAUGCAAGAUUGCUGUGCACAAAUACUUUGUAAGCUCUGAACCAACUCAGUCUGAAUUUUCUGUGUGUGCUUGAAGCAGAAGUAUGGAGAAGAAAGCCCAGAUCUUCCCACCCCGGUCCGUGUAACCACCACCAAGGCCAGCCUGGAAGAAUCAACCCUUAGAAGUUAUUGCCGUCUGCAUCUGCGCUUCCCAACGCCUCCAGCUUCCAUCCUGUCCCUGAUGGAGUCACAGUCUAUUUGGGGACUGCUGCGUGAAGGUAACUUUGCUUUUGCUGGAGGGAAGAGCCAGCUUCUGCUCAAGGCUUCUUCUGAACUUGACAUUCACACUUGCUGCUCCUGUAAACCAUUUUCUGUGGCAGAAUCAGCUGGUUUGGUCUCUGAGUCAGUCUGUGGUGACUCAGAACUCAAGGACUGGGGCUUAGCUUCUCCUGGCCUGGACUCAGCCUGAAAAGUGCUUAAGAAAACCUUGUUAGUUCUCCUGGAGGAAAAGUUCCGCCUGGAGGCUAGGAAGAUGAGGGGGCUGCGGAUGGAGCGGGUGCUGUCCUUGGUGGAGCUGAACCGGGCACGCAGGCGUUUCUCGUGGUUGGCGUGUUGCAGAGUCAGUCGGCAGCACAGAACCUGCCAGAAUACUUUCCGGAACUGCUGAGAGGACACGUUGUAGAGGAGAGGGUUGACCACAGAGCUGAGGUAGAAGAAGGUGUCAGAGAAGGGUAGAAGGAUCAUGUAUGCCUUGAAGUACGACUUGGUCCAGUCAUGCUUGGGUUUUGCUGCAGCCAUGAUCCGCCGAACCUGAUUUGGCAUCCAACACACGGCCAGCGUCACCACAAUCAGUCCUGGGCAGGGAAGAAAAGGAGAGAGAGAGAGAGAGAGAGAGAGAGAGAGAGAAAGAUGGGGGAGAAAAACAACAGCAUGAGAACAAAAAUAAAUAAAUAAAAACCCAUAAAAUAUUCAGCCCUUCGUUCUGUUGCUUACUGGCCAGGAAACGGUACCAAUUUUUCAAUGCUGUGCUUGACGGCUUCUUUUUGCCACUGGCAAAGGAGAAUUUAAUGCUGCUUCAAGCUCAGGGGACUUGGCUAUGUUAAAGAGCGCUAAAUGCUUUGACAGUGUAUUUAUACCUGUGGAUGCCUGUUAAUUUUCAAAAUGUUUUUACUGUUGUGCGUGUACCCAGAAAAUAUCUCAUGUUGGCCAUAAA